CUGAGACACAGUCUGGCUUCCAAAAAGCAGGAAAAACCCCAUCUGAGAUAUUCAUGACAUUAAUGUGAAGAUGGAGUUUGUUAAAGAAGAGAGUGAAGACAGGAGCGAUGCAGAAACACACAGAGAGAAAGAGGAAGAAACUGAGGAACACAGAGGCCUUACAGAAGUGAAAGAGGAAUGUCAGGAAGCGAAGGAGAACGAUCAGGAUGAGGAACCUCAUCAUUUCGUAAAUGGAGAACAGUCUUGUAGUCGUUCACAGAACGAUAAUAAUCAGUCAUCUCAAAGAACAGAAGCCAAAAACCUGUUCACCUGCACUCAGUGCGGAAAGAGUUUCACACGCAAAGGACACCUGAAGAUCCACAUGAUCAUCCACACGGGCGAGAGGCCGUACACCUGUCCUCAGUGCGGGAAGACCUUCACGUGCAAAGGAAGCCUUAAGGAUCACUUCAAGAUCCACUCCGGAGAGAAGCCUUUCACCUGUCCUCAGUGCGGAUGGAGUUUUGCACGUCAAGAAGAUCUUAAGAGGCACAUACGAAUUCACACCGGAGAGAAACCGUUCACGUGCUCUCAGUGCGGAAAGUGUUUCACCAGUUCAGGAGAUCUGAAGAGACACUUGAGAAUUCACUCCGGAGAAAAGCCUUUCACCUGCCCUCAGUGUGGAAAGAGCUUCACGCAGAAGGAAGGUCUGAAGGAACACAUGAAAAUCCACUCCGGAGAGAAGCUUUUCACGUGCAUGUUGUGCGGGAAGAGUUUCACACAUCAGCGGAGCUUGAAAAGACACAUGAAAGUGCAUUCAGGAGAGAAACUGCACCAGUGUCCUGAAUGCGGCAGGAGGUUUUCAGAGGCCUGCAAUCUCAAAACACACCUGCUCUCUCACACUGGAGAAAGACCCUUUCACUGUCAGCGCUGCGACAAGAAGUUUUUCUUGGCCGUGCACUUGAAGACGCACAUGAGGAUUCACGAAGACGAAACGCGGUACGUGUGUUCGUUUUGCGGGAAGAGUUUUCUGUGGCUCAACGGGUUUAAGGAUCAUCAGAAAACGCAUAUAGGUGAGAAACCCUACGUGUGUUUGGACUGUGGAAGUACUUUUACUCGAGCCGGUGAACUGAAAGUGCAUGAACGGAUCCAUACUGGAGAAAAACCUUACAAGUGUUCACACUGUGAGAAGAGCUUCACUCAAUCUGGAGCGCUGAAAAUUCACGAGCGAGUUCAUACGGGAGAGAAGCCGUACCUCUGUCCUUCAUGCGGGAAGACGUUCAGUCGAUAUGGAAAUCUAGGGAAACAUUUAAAAAAGGCUUGUCCAAAGCUGAGACAGUACCUGACGGAAGUGAAAGAUGAACGUCAAGAGCAGAAUGAGGUGAAGGAGAAGCAGCAGAAUCAGGAACCUGAUGAUUUAGCAAGUGGAGAAAAGUCUUCUAGUUCCACAGAGACUAAAAAGAACGUUUCCUCAAAAAGAGCAGACGCUAAAGGCUCUUUCGCCUGCACGCAGUGCGGAAAGAGUUUCACACGUAAAGGACACCUCGAGGUUCACAUGGUGAUUCAUACGGGCGAAAGGCCGUACACGUGUCCUCAGUGCUCGAAGAGCUUCACGUGCAAAGGAAGCCUUAAGGAUCACUUCAGGAUUCACACCGGAGAGAGACCAUUCACUUGUCCUCAAUGUGGAAAGAGCUUCACAAAUUCAGGAGGCCUGAAGAGACACGUACGGAUUCACACGGGCGAGAGGCCUUUCACCUGCCGCCAGUGCGGAAAGAGCUUCCCGAGUUCAGGAGAGCUGAAGAGACACGUACGGAUUCACUCCAGAGAAAGGCCUUACACCUGCCCUCAGUGCGGGAAGAGCUACAAACAAAAGGAAGUUCUGAGGGAACACGCCAAAAUCCACUCCGGAGAGAAGCCUUUCACGUGCAUGCUUUGCGGGAAGAGUUUCACCCAACAGAGCACCCUGAAAGUUCACAUGAAAGUGCAUUCAGGAGAGAAACUGCACCAGUGUCCUGAAUGCGGCAGGAGGUUUUCAGAGGCCUGCAAUCUCAAAACACACCUGCUCUCUCACACUGGAGAAAGACCCUUUCACUGUCAGCGCUGCGACAAGAAGUUUUUCUUGGCCGUGCACUUGAAGACGCACAUGAGGAUUCACGAAGACGAACGACGGUACGUGUGUUCAUUUUGCGGGAAGAGUUUUCUGUGGCUGCAUGGAUUUAAAGACCAUCAGAAAACGCAUAUCGGUGAGAAACCCUACGUGUGUUUGGACUGUGGGAAAACCUUUGCCAGAGCGGCCGAACUGAAAGUGCACGAACGGAUCCAUACUGGAGAAAAACCUUACAAGUGUUCACACUGUGAGAAGAGCUUCACUCAGUCAUCAGGACUGAAAGUACACGAGCGAGUUCAUACGGGAGAGAAGCCGUACCUCUGUCCUUCGUGCGGGAAGACGUUCAGCCGAUAUGGGAGUUUAGGAAAGCAUUUGAAAAAGGCUUGUCCAAAGCUGAAAAAGUGAACACCCAACAAAAGACCAUUUAGGGUAUUGAAGAAAGGUCAAAGUAUUAGUUUAGAAAAACUGCCACACUUUUUUUAUUAGUAAACAGUGGUUUUUCUUUUUCUUUUUUCUUUUUUUUUUUGCAUGUGGUUGCAUUUUUCAGACUAUAUAAACAUACGAUUACAUCUUUAAAAUGUAAUUUUAAUCAUAGCUCUUAAGUACUGAUGAUUUCAGUAUGCUUUGUUUUUAUUCCAAAAAUCAAUCAAGCUUGAAUGUGUGCUAGUUUAUGCUCGAGUCGGUCACAUGAAUCAUGUAAAUAAGUCACUGAAUGGACUGAUAAACACGUCAGCUGUGUAGUUUUAGUGUUUCUGACCAUAAAAUGAUCAGCAAAAUAAAGUAGCAUGCAGUGACUUCUUCAGCGAGCACAAAGAACAAAUCUGAUGCUAAUUAACACUUUUUGUAACAUUGUAUCUUGUAACAUUGUAAUACGGUUGAUUCCUGCUUUGAUGGAAGCAUUGUAUUUUGUUGUUUAUGCUGAAUCUGGUUUAUAGCUACACUACCAACUGGAACUGUUUAAAAACUGUGCCUUUAAAUUCACUCCACAUGGAGCUUCAAGCCUGAAACUGAACCGUAAACUCAGAUUUAAAUAUGUCUUUAGUUUAGUGUUUGCAGAGCCUGAACAUUCUCGCCUUUAUUGUCAUAUUCACAGUCAUCAGGAUCCUGCUGGUUUCAAUCACGUCCUUAAAUUACUCUUUUGCAUUUGUUUGCCUGUCCUGUCUGGUGUUAUUGGCUUGUGUUUAUGUGUGUUGCCUGCUUCCAACCUUUGCUCUUAAUAGUUUGUGUUCAAAUAUCUGACAGUCACUUUAAUAAAAUGAAGAACAUGAA